GAUACUCAGGAAAGAUUGAAGUCUAUCAUUCUGCAGAACAUCCAGAAUAGUUUUAUGAAAGUUGUAACUCAUGUCUGUGUUUUAUAAAAGAAGGAUCUGAACUUAUGUUUCCUAUUUGUUUUAUUUACAGGAAGUAUCAGCAAGAGAAGAGCAAUGGAAGAAGGAGAGGCUGAGCCUGGAGGCGGAAUUGAAGGAGGAAAGGAGGACUGAUCAAAAGAAGACAAAGGAUGAACUGGAACACCUUCAAUUGAACAUUAGGGAUAAUUGGCGGACAAACGACGAACAAAGGGAGAAUGAAUGGAAUUAUAUGGAUAAGAAAAUGAAACAUAUGGAUGGCAGACUGAUAGAUGUCCUGGAGCAACUAAGAAUUGCUAGAGAGGAAAUGGGGGAACCAACAAAGAGGUUGGAAGAAAAACUGGACGAGAUAGCACGCCAACUCAGCAAAGAACUGAAGGCAAUUGAGUCCAAAAUGGAAAAGAGAGAAGAAACCUGGAAGAAUGAGAGGAAGGAGCUAGAAGAGAAAUGUAGCAAAGACAAGAAGGAGUUGGAAGAUAAACUGAAAAUCGAAAGCCAAGAGAGAAAGGAACUUGCAAAGAAUUUGAAGGCGAUGAAAGACGAAAUGGGGGGGUCUGAAGCAAAAUGGAAUGAGGACAAGAAGCCGAUAGAGAAAAAAUUGGCAGAAAUCAGUGUUAACGUGGACAACAACCGCAGGCACAUGUAUGAGAGUCUUUGGAAGAUGGAGGAAAUGUUGGAGAAGAUUACGGGCCAAAUCAAAAUGUGGGAAAAGGAGAUGAAAGACCAAAAGGUCCAUCUGGAAGACGAGCAGAAGAAUAUGAAUGAAAAAUACAACAAUGAAAGGAUGGAGAUAGAAGAAAAAUUGAACCACGAAAGAAUGCCGAAAGACGAGAUAUUGAAAGAGAUUAAGGCCCAAAUGGAAAAUAAUAUCAAGGAGAUGGAGGUCCAACAAAACAAGGCCCUAAAGGAGACAGAGGACCAAUGUAAGAAGGUGGAAGGAAAACUGAAUGAGAUCGAGGGCCAUCUGAAGCAAGAACGGGAGAUGGAGGACCAAAGAAAGAAGGUCUUAGAAGAGAUGGAGAGAAAAUUAAGGGAGAUGGAAGACAAACUGAAAGAGGCCGAGGACCAAGGAAAGAACGAACGCAAGGAGAUGGAUGGCAAACCGAAGAUGAUGGAGGAGAAAUUAAAGAAGACUGAGGACCAGCUGGAAAAGGAAAGAAAGGAGAUGGAAGACAAUAUGAAAAAGAGAGAAGACAAAUGGGACCAGGACAAGAAGGAGAUGGAAGAAAAAUUGAACCAGGACAGGAAGGAGAUGGAAGUAAAAUGGAACCAGGACAGGAAGGAGAUGGAAGUAAAAUGGAACCAGGACCGGAAGGAGAUGGAAGACGAAAUGAAAAAAAGAGAAGACAAAUGGGACCAGGACAGGAAGGAGAUGGAAGUAAAAUGGGACCAGGACCGGAAGGAGAUGGAAGACGAAAUGAAAAAAAGAGAAGACAAAUGGGACCAGGACAGGAAGGAGAUGGAAGGACAGAUGAACAAAAAGAUAGAGGAUAUGGUAAGUAUCGUUGGCAUAUUAUUGAAUAUUUAG